CGAGUGAUUGAACAUCACCAGAUCCAAAAUUGCGUUAUCGUUCAAUGAAGACAAUUCAAGGGGAGUGCGCAACCGUAAAUACUCACCUUUUAAAGCGGCUGCGAGUCCGCCACUCAGUCGCGUUCAAGUUUUGUUUUCGAAAGGUGGUUCAAAUCAUCGAAAAGUGCAAAAAUGCCGUCGGAAAAGUCCGUUUACCUCCCUAAUUCUGCAAUAGCGAAAAAUGCCUACGUUUCGUCCUUCGCACAAUACCAGGAAAUGUACCAGAAAUCAAUAGACAAUCCUGAGGAGUUUUGGGGUGAAAUCGCGAAACAAUUUUACUGGGAAACGCCGAUAGACAUUAACACGUUUUUCCGGUAUAAUUUUGAUAUAAGAAAAGGGCCCAUUUAUACCAAAUGGCUGGACGGAGCGACCACGAAUAUCGCCUAUAAUUUGCUCGACCGAAAUGUUAAAAAUGGUUAUGGGGACAAAGUUGCGUUUUAUUGGGAAGGAAACCACCCCGAUGAUUACAGCCGCUUGACAUAUAAAAAACUAUUGGAAGAAGUUUGCAGAUUUGCGAAUGUUUUACGAAGUAAAGGAGUGAAAAAAGGCGACAGGGUUGCUGUUUAUAUGCCUAUGAUCCUUGAAGCUGUGAUAACUCUACUAGGAUGUGCACGAAUUGGAGCAGUUCAUUCCCUUGUGUUUGCAGGCUUUUCGGCCGACUCCUUCGCCGAGCGAAUCCUCGACUGCGAAGCUCGCGUUUUGGUAACAGCAGAUGGCGUUUGGAGAGGCGAGAAACUCCUCUCUUUGAAAAAUAUCUGUGAUCAAUCCAUGAAUAAAUGUGCCCAGAAAGGCCACAAUGUGAAAACUUGUAUAGUUGUAUCGCAUUUGGGUCGCGUUACUUCACCAUCCGGAGUUCAAAAGAAUCGGAAUAAUAAAACGCCAAUGCAAGAAGGCCGUGAUAUUUGGUGGCACGACAUAGUUCCUCAAGCUUCAACAGACUGUGUACCAGAAUGGGUUCAAGCGGAAGACCCCUUAUUCAUGUUGUACACGAGUGGUUCAACCGGAAAACCCAAAGGUGUGGUUCAUACAACUGCAGGGUAUUUGCUCUACGCUGCCACAACGUUUAAAUAUGUCUUUGAUUAUAAGCCAAAUGAUGUGUAUUGGUGUACUGCUGAUAUUGGGUGGAUCACUGGGCACACUUAUGUCGUCUAUGGGCCACUUGCGAAUUGUGCAACCUCAGUUUUGUAUGAAGGAACUCCAUUUUAUCCAAAUAAUGACAGAUUCUGGCUAGUCGUGAAAAAAUAUAAAGUUAGUCAGUUUUACACUGCACCCACUGCCAUUAGAGCUUUAAUGAAAUUUGAAGAUGAUCUAGUUAAAAGAGUCGACUUAUCCUCUUUAAAAGUAUUAGGCUCAGUGGGUGAACCUAUAAACCCCGAGGCUUGGAUGUGGUAUUACAAACUAGUCGGAAGAGAAAAAUGUUCUAUUGUUGACACUUUCUGGCAGACGGAAACAGGAGGUCAUGUUUUGACACCUCUUCCAGGGGCAACUCCCAUGAAACCUGGAGCUGCUGCAUUCCCUUUCUUUGGCGUCCAACCCGCCCUUUUGGACGAAUCCGGCAACGAAAUAAAGGGCGAGGGUGAAGGUUACCUCGUUUUCUCCCGUCCUUGGCCCGGCCUAAUGCGCACCCUUUACAACAACCACCCCCGCUACGAAACCACCUACUUCUCAAAAUUCCCCGGUUAUUACUGCACCGGUGAUGGGGCGCGUCGCGACGCCGAUGGGUACUUAUGGGUCACAGGCCGUGUCGAUGACAUGUUGAACGUCUCAGGCCAUUUAAUGUCAACCGCUGAAGUGGAAUCGGUUCUAACCGAACAUCCCAGUGUUGCCGAAGCAGCGGUUGUGGCCAAACCGCAUCCGGUUAAAGGCGAAUGUCUUUACUGUUUUAUCACAACAACGGACAUGACGCGGUUUGAUGACAAAUUGUUGACAGAGUUGAAACAGCUGGUUAGAGAGAGGAUAGGACCAUUUGCACAACCGGAUGUUGUGCAAAAUGCACCAGCGUUGCCGAAAACGAGGUCUGGGAAGAUAAUGAGGAGGAUUUUGAGGAAGGUGGCGGUUAAUGAUCGAGAUGUUGGGGAUGUUAGUACGUUAGCUGAUAGUCAUGUUGUUGAGGAGUUGUUCGCGAGUCGACCUGUGAAUGCUUGAGAAAAUUGUUGUUGAUCUGUUGAAUAUACAGGGUGUACCAGUGAGUGGAAAAAGUCCAUUAGUGAUUUGUAAAUUGUAAAAUUUAAAAAAAAUGUCACCUAAAAUUAUUUUCAACUAUAUAGCAUGUCCCAUAAUUGUGUUUUUU